CCUCAAGCUCAAGCUCAAGCUCAAGCUCAAGCUCUACCCCUCUCUCUCUCUCUCUCUCUCUCUUUGUUUUUCUUCACUCUUCAACUCAAAUUUUCUUUUGCACAUGACGAUCAUGGAGAUUGGAGCAUGUGCAUAGAUCUCCAUCAUACAAAGAGGUAAGAAUCUUCUGAAGAAUACAAGCCGCUUAACAAGGAAGAAGCAUACAAGGCUAUCCCUUGUUCCUCAAACAAAGGCAAAGGAUUCACAAACUUUCAUUCAUCUUUGAGAUUUAAGCAUGACUGUUUCUUGGGCAAAAGAAACAUGUUCCUCUUUCUCUUCCUCCUCCUUUGCACCACAAUGCAAACACGACGUCUUCUUGAGUUUUAGCGGCGUUGAUACCCGCAAGAAUUUUACUGGCCAUUUGUUAGCCGCUUUAGAGCAAAAUGGCUUUUACACAUUUAGAGACGACACAAAGCUCAACAAAGGAGAAGAUAUUGGUUCUGAACUACUAAAAGCAAUUGAGUCAUCAAGAAUUUCACUUAUCGUCUUCUCAAAAAAUUAUGCAGCUUCGAGGUGGUGCCUUGACGAACUUGUCAAGAUCAUGGAGUGUAGAAAGACCUUUCAACAGAUUGUUCUGCCUAUUUUUUAUGACGUUGACCCAUCCGAUGUGCGGGCACAGAAGGGGAGUGUUGCAGAAGCAUUUGCCAAGCAUGAAGAACAUUUCAAAAACGGUUCAAAUGGCAAGGUGGAGAAAUGGAGGGCUGCUCUUACUGAGGCUGCUAAUUUGUCUGGUUGGGAUUUGAAGAAUGUGGUCAAUGGACAUGAAGCAAAGUUGAUUGAGCAAAUCACUGAAGAGAUUGGAGACAAAUUAAGUGUUACUUAUCUAAAUGUUGCAGACCACUCAGUUGGACUAAAGUGUCGACUAGAAAACCUCAAUGCAUUGGUGUGCAUGGAUUCAAAUGAUGUCUGCAUUGUUGGAAUAUGGGGGAUUGGUGGAAUAGGUAAGACGACAAUAGCUAAAAUGUUGUACAAUCAUAUCCAUCGUAACUUUGAAGGCAGUUGUUUUCUUGCAAACGUCAGAGAAACUUCAAAGAAAAUAAAUGGUCUAGUUGUUUUACAACAGCAACUUCUUUCUGAUAUAGAAAAAAAUGAAACUCAUAAUAUAAGAAAUUCUGAUCAAGGAAUUGAGGUUAUAAAACGAAGAGUUUUGUCUCGAAGGGUUCUUCUUGUUUUGGAUGAUGUGGACAAUGUCCAACAAUUGAAGGCCUUAGCCAUAAAUCGAGAUUUCUUUCGUCUUGGAAGUAGAAUCAUCAUAACAACAAGAGAUAAGUCUUUUUUGAAUUUGCUUAAUGUGGAUGAGAUAUAUGCACCAAUGGGGUUGAAUAAGAACGAAGCUCUUCAACUAUUCAGUUGGUAUGCCUUUAAGAAAGACCACCCUAUAAAAGAUUACGCUGAGGUUUCAUGUCAAGUAGUCGAUUAUGCCGAAGGGAUUCCUUUAGCUCUUGAAGUUUUGGGUUCUUAUUUGUGUGGAAGAAACAUUGUUGAUUGGAAAAGUGCAAUAGCAAAAUUAAGAAAAAUCCCUGACGAUGGCAUUCAAGGAAAACUUAAGAUAAGUUUUGAUUCACUAGGUAAAGAAGUGAAGGAGCUAUUUCUAGAUAUAGCAUGUUUCUUUAUUGGAAUGGAUCGAGAUUUUACAAUAAAGAUACUAGAAGGAUGCAAUUUUGACCCAAUAAUUGGGAUGGGUGUUCUGGCGGAUCCAUGUCUCAUAAGAAUUGGGUGCAAGAACCAGCUUGAGAUGCAUGAUAUGCUUAGAGAUAUGGGUAGAGAAAUCGUCAGGCAAGAAUCCCUAAAGGAGCCAGGGAAGCGUAGUAGAUUGUGGUAUAAUAAUGAUACCCUUGAAGUGCUGAGAUAUGGCACGGGAACUGAAACAGUUGAAGGCCUCUUCCUAAACUUUCCGGAGUCAAAAGAGGUCCAAGUAAAUGCAAAAGCAUUUGAAAAGAUGAAUGGGUUAUGGCUACUUCAUCUCAACUACGCUCACCUAAGUUCAGAUUUUGAACAUAAUUUUAGAAGGCUAUUAUGGCUAAGUUGGAAUGGUUGCCCGUUGGAGUGGCUGUCGUCGAAAUUAUAUAUGGAGAAGUUAGUUGCUCUUGACUUGCGUUAUAGCAGUCUAAAACAAGUUUGGAAGGGAACCAAGAAUCUUGAUAAUCUGAAAUUCCUUUAUCUCAGUCAUUGCUAUUACUUAACCAAAACUCCUGACUUCUCUGGACUCAACAGUCUUGAGGAACUGUUGCUUAAUGACUGCACAAGUUUGGUAGAGGUUGAUGAAUCUAUUGGAUGCCUCAAAAGACUUGUUGUCUUAGAUAUGGCUAAUUGUAAAAAGCUUGCACACUUUCCCUUGAACAUUUGGAUGUUGAAGUCUCUUGAAUAUCUUGAUCUAUCUGGCUGUUCCAAACUAGGAGAAUUAGCUGGAUUUAAAGAAUCACCAUUUAAAUCAUGGUACACACUCCUCUCAUCUCAAGCAUUGCAAACAAAGAAUGUGGAUUCCAUUGGUUUGUCAUUACAGGGAUCGAGUUUGAAGAAAUUGAAGAUGGCAAAUUGCAAUUUGUCACAUCUACCUCGUGAAAUUGGGAGUUUGAGCUCACUAACACAUUUGGAUCUUAAAGGAAACAAUUUGGGUACCUUACCGGAUAGUAUUUGUAACCUUAUUUUCUUGCAGAAUUUGGAUGUGGCAGGCUGCAACAUAUCACAUCUGCCCAGUGAAAUGAGGAGAUUGAUUUCAUUAACACAUUUGGAUCUUAAAGGAAACAAUUUGGGUACCUUACCAGAGAGUAUUUGUAACCUUACUUGCUUGGAGAGAUUGUGUAUGGAAAGUUGCAACGUAUCACAUUUGCCUUGUGAAAUUGGAAGGUUGGUCUCAUUAACACAUUUGGAUCUUAAUGGAAACAAUUUGGGUACCCUGCCGGAUAGCAUUUGUAACCUUACAUGCUUGCAGUAUUUGUAUAUGUCAGGUUGCAACAUAUCACAGCUGCCCUGUGAAAUCGGGAGGAUGAUCUCGUUAACACAUUUGAAUCUUAAAGGAAACAAUUUGUCGACCUUACCCAAUAGCAUUUAUAACCUACCUUGCUUGCAAAGAUUGAAUUUGGCAAAUUGUAACGUAUCACAUUUGCCUUGCGAAAUUGGGAGGUUGAUCUCAUUAAAACAUUUGGAUCUUAAAGGAAACAAUUUGUGUACCUUACCAGAUAGCAUUUGUAACCUACGUUGCUUGCAGAAAUUGAAGUUGGCAAAUUGCAAUGUAUCACAUUUGCCCUGUGAAAUUGGGAGGUUGAUCUCAUUAACAAAUUUGGAUCUUAAAGGAAACAAUUUGUGUUUCUUACCAGAUAGCAUCUGUAACCUUACUUGCUUGCAGAAUUUGUAUAUGUCAGGCUGCAACCUAUCACAUCUGCCAUGUGAAAUCGGGAGGUUGAUCUGUUUAACACAUUUAGAUCUUGAAGGAAACAAUUUGUGUACCUUACCGGAUAGCAUUUGUAACUUCCGUUGCUUGCAGAGAUUGAAGAUGAAAAAUUGCAAUGUCUCACAUCUGCCCUGUGAAAUUGGGAGGUUAAUUUCAUUAACACAUUUGGAUCUUAGAGGAAACAAUUUAUGUACCUUGCCGAAUAGCAUCUGUAACCUUACUUGCUUGAAAGAAUUGUCUAUUUCAGGCUGCAAUGUGUCACAUCUGCCAUGUGAAAUCGGGAGGUUGAUUAGUUUAACACAUUUAGAUCUUGAAGGAAACAAUUUGUGUACCUUACCAGACAGCAUCAACAACCUUACUUGCUUGGAAGAAUUGUUGAUGGCAAACUGCAAUUUGUCAGAUUUGCCUAGUGAAAUUUGGAGGCUGAACUCAUUACAAUACUGGAAUCUUAGUGGAAAUGGUUUGCGUACCUUACCGGAUGGCAUCAGUAACCUUACUCACUUGGGAUACCUCAACCUAGAUAAAAGUGCAAAGCUCCAAUCACUUCCUAAGCUUCCUGCAAGUUUAGUUAGAUUGAAUGCCAGCGACUGUGCUUCAUUAGAGAACAUUGAAUCAGAAGGGUUACUUGGGAAGACCAUGAUCCUUCAUGGUUGCCAUAAAUUAGUUGAGAACAAGUUUGCAAAUAAUUUCAUAGAAGUAUUCACCAAGCAUGAGGAAUUUUCUGCACUUAAGAGUUCUUCUGAGAUAUUACUUCCAGGUGGUGAGGUUCCCAGAUGGUUCCAAUACCAAAGUGCAGGGUCAUAUUUAUCUUUCAUGGUGCCUCCUCUUAUAAAUCAGAAAAUACUAGGGUUGAUUGUAUGCGUAGUUUUCUUCGGAUCCAAAGAAAAAUGCAAUGGUUCAAGUUGUCUUCACUAUGAUAUUCAUAAUAAAAACAUUGUUUUUCUACCAGAUCAGUCUUAUCAUGUUCAGUAUCAGUUCAUCUUUGAAGAUCAGAUGUGGCUCAAACUCCUACCACAAAGUUGCUUAGAAAUGCAAUUAGAAGGUGGUGAUGAAGUUGAGAUCUCAAUAAUCGUAGAUGAGCCAAUACAGGUGAAAAGGUGUGGGGUUAAUCUAGUUUAUGAGGUUGAUAAAAAUGUUACGAAGACAAAUGAUGAAGCAUCGACCCAAUACACCUUGUCACCUUACCAAAGUGUCGUUCUUGAAGAAGCAGAAGUUGGUUCAACAAACUAAUUGUAGAACUUAGAAGAGUUGAAGCAAACGGAGUUUUCAACAACACGGAGAUCAAAUGGAAUGAGGUGGUGGACGUGAUCAAGAUCAGAACUGCUCUAUGGUUGAAAGCAAAAGUUGGACAAUGCACAAUUCUCAAUCAAUGACUUUGUGUACAGCAUUGAGGGGGUUAAGAGAUUGAAGCUUCAAGAAAAACAAGUUCUGACUCUGAGGAAGUGAUUGUAGGACUGAUAAGGUGGUUAUUCUAUCGUUUUUUUUGUUUUUUUUGGGUUUUCUAUUGUUGUUCGUUGUUUGCAGUUGGUGACUUGCCAACAUUUGGAGUGAAGGUUUAUGCUUUUUUGGGCAUGAUCUACGGUGACAGUAUCUCUCCAAUCUGUAUUCUCUAUAUCUUUUUUAUUAUUAUUAAUGAAUUUCUGUUGCCAUUCACAAAAUAAAAAAAUAUGAUUGUUGUUAUCUUUCAC